CUAACCAAAGUACAAGGAGCACAUAAAAAUGUCGAAGUAUUCGUUGUACCUAAUUUCAAGGAUCGUAACAGCUGUCCUAGCCGUUAGCAUUGUGAUUGCUCAAACAGAUUUAACAACAAAAAAGAUCGAGUCCCCAGUGCAACAAGAUGCCGAAACCGAAAAAAAUAUUUUCGAAGGCCUGAUGCUAUACAAAGAUCUUUGUCAAUCAACGUUCAACAGUUCUCACGAUGAUUUCAUGAUUCCUUUUAUACUAACUGGUAAAAUAGCAGAUGAAACUGACAGAAAUGCUAAGUGCUUUUUUCUAUGCAUGCUAGAAAUGACAGGAGUAACAGAUUCUAAAGACGGCCACUAUGACCCGAAACAAGCCUGCUUUCUUUUUUCCCCGCCGAAAAGUAUUGUGAUGAAAAAUGUUGAGUCUAUAAGCGAGGAGUGUAUCAAGAAACAAGUGAAAGAAGACUUAUGUGAUCAAGCGUAUCACUUUAUGCAGUGUGUGAUGAAGGAAGUUUUGCAUCAAUACGGCACCCCACAGUUUAUUGAAACCACUACAACCAACCAACCAACUACAACUACAACGGAAUUAUCAUUUAUUGAGUGAUUGAUACGGAAGAAAAUGUACCUUUUUAAAAUUUACAU